CCAAAAAAUUUUUUGUGUACACAUUGGCCGGCUGCAAAGGAUUUUGCAUAAAAAUAAACAAAUUUGGUUUCAACUAAUUUUUGUAACGUUAACCAGAAGUUUAACACAUGGCUAACAGCUACGACAUACCCAGUUGGGCCGGCAAACCGCCCACUGGUUUGCAUCUGGAUGUUCUGAAGGACGACAAACUGGUCCAGAAACUGAUGGUGGAUGAGAAAAGGUGCUAUUUAUUUGGACGCAACAGCCAGAUGAACGACUUUUGUAUAGACCAUGCCUCCUGUUCGCGAGUCCACUCGGCAUUUGUUUACCACAAGCACCUGAACAUAGCCUACCUCGUGGAUUUGGGGUCCACUCAUGGCACCUUUAUUGGAACACUUAGAUUGGAGGCGCACAAGCCCACACAGUUGCAGAUCAAUAGCACCUUCCAUUUUGGGGCUUCUACCAGGAACUACAUACUCAGGGAGCGACCCUCGGGUCACCACAGCAACAUCAUGGAGGACCUGCCGCUCAGUGAAACCAGUGACGGAGCUCUGCUAGGCCUGCCCGAAAGCCAAACCGAAUUAGAUAAUCUCACAGAGUAUAACACGGCCCACAAUCGGCGCAUCUCAAUGCUGGGCAUCGAUGAUGACACCAAUAUGCGGAAGCAAAACGCUUUAAAGCAGGGUCGUCGCAUCCGAAAUGUCACGUUUAACGACGAGGAGAUCGUCAUCAAUCCUGAAGAUGUAGACCCUAAUGUGGGACGGUUUAGGAACCUCGUGCAAACCACCGUGGUGCCCGCGAAACGGGCUCGCUACGAUGUCAACCACAUGGGCAUCCAUUCGGGCAGUAGCCUGUCGAGUGUCAAUGCCGCCCAUGCCCACCAGAUGUUCCAGCAGAGUUUGGCGGAUAUGAAGCACCAGCAGCAGCAGCACAGAGAAAUGCCUCCGCCCAACGCGGUGCCCCACUCGCCAACUAAUUCGCUGUAUCAGGGACUACCGGCAGAAAUGCAUGGCAAGGGUGAUCUUGAGCCGAUUUCGCCGCUGAGCAUUGGCUCCAAGUUAGGCCUGUUGCUGCCAAAUCCUGCGCCCGAAGUGAUGCCCGUCUUUGAUGAGGCUGUGGAGCCCACCUCGACUUUGGCCCAAAAGUUGGCAGUCGCCAAUGCGAAUGUGCGUCGCUAUGGCGAGGAUCACGACUCCAGUGGUGAGGGCGAUGCCCUGUGUCCACAGAAAAAGAAAUAUGCCAAGGAAGCCUGGCCUGGUCGUAAGCCCAUGUUGGGGCAGCUGUAAAGGCUUGCCUGAAAAAUUGCGCCAAUAAUUUUAUAUUAGAUCGAACAUACAAUUUCCUAAAGCUUAUGAUUAUAAACAUACUCCAAAGUAAUAUACGUUUAUUACACUUUUAACAACAAUAAACCGAAUUAUUUUACACCUAUAAUGAA